ACCUUGCCAGCACCUCACAGUUUUAUUGAGCUUUAAAAAAAAAUAACUUUUUGAGCCAGCUCUUAAACGAAGAUCACGUUUCAGAAUACACAAUAAAAUGCUGAGUUCAUGUACAUCAUUCCUCCUAAAAAAAACAUAAACAGGGGCGGACGGGUCUCCUAGUUAAUUAGGCCUAACGUUACUUUCGUGAUUUGUUUCAGUGGGCAAUGAUGGGACCAUCACGAUGGGACAAAUUAAAACGGCGACGGUGCACACAUGGAACCACUGUUUCCCUGCACUGUUUCAGAAUUGUAUCCGAAUGCUGUUGACCUCUGAGUCCCAGUGGGCUACACCUGGGUAACACCAAGGAUCCACCUUGACCGUACCUUGAUUUAUGCAAAUGUCCGUGAAAUCUAAGGGUCACGGUCCCGGUGACCGAGGCCAGCUGACGUAGUGACGUGACAGUGGGCGGCUGGCUAUGCCUACAUGACUAGUGUCACAUACACAGUCAGUCUCUAGUACUAGUACUCUGCGCUCUGCCUACACGCACGACUUCGCGACACGUCUUGGAUAUUCCACGAUGGGUGGCAUGGAUGGAGACAUUUCUCCAAAUUGGGGUCUUUCUUGGUGGCACUGUGUUGCUACAGCAGCUGCUUUGUGGAUUGGGUACAAAAUCUGGCACUACACUCUGUUCAUCAGGAGCGGUAUUCCUGGGCCGUUACCCAUACCCUUCUAUGCAAACAUCAAAAGAUCAAAAGAGGCUUUUUACAUCUGUGAGCAGAAAUGGAUAGAGAAGUAUGGCAAGGUGAUGGGAUUCUUCUCAAUAGCUGGGCCGACCCUCGUGAUAGCAGAUGUCAAGAUGCUGAAGCAAAUGUUCAUCAAGGAAUUCAACAACUUCAGGAAUAGAGGGCCAGUUAUAUUCAUCCAAUCAGCCAGGCUGAGGAACAUGCUGAUAAACCUCAAGGACCAACAGUGGAGGAACGUUCGGCACACCAUCAUCCCAGCGUUCACCUCCUCCAAGAUCAAGCUGAUGACCAGUGCACUCAAUGAGUGCGCAGAGGAUGUUAUUCUGCAGAAACUCAGGCAACUUGAUGGAGAAGCCGUAGAAAUCAAGAAGUUGUAUGGCGCAUACACCAUCUGUUGUAUAGCAGUGGCAGGCUUUGGCGUAGAACUCCAUUCUCAGUCGGAAAACGGCAACACCACUCUGGCCGCUUUUGAGAACAACGCCAAGGAGUUUUUCUCGCGCCAGAAGCACACCAAGUGGUUGAUCAUGGGAAUGCUGCAGGAAUAUUUACCUGGUGCUCUUAUCAGAUAUUUUGACAUUGGUCUGGUGUCUCAAGCCAGCGUCAACUUCUUCUUUGACCUGUCAGCUGAAAUCUUUAAAGAGCGCAAGGAAGGGAAGAUGCAGGGUACCUUUGUGGACUUCAUGCAACUGAUGAUCAAUGCCCACCAGCUGGAAGAUGAGGAAAGUGAAGAAGGCUCAGGUCAAAGGUCACCACAGGGGGCUGGUGCCAUAAAGGUCAAAUUGUCAAUGGAAGAAGUUGUUUCCCAGUGUGUGAUGUUCCUGAUGGCUGGAUACGAGACUACUUCAGCCUGCCUCAUCUUUACCUCCUACCUGCUAGCCUCUCAUCCAGACGUCCAGGAGAAACUGGCCGCUGAGGUCAAGACGGUCAUGUUAGGCUCCCAGUCCAACAGCGUGACCUUGGACCUGAUCAACAAGAUGACCUAUCUGGACAAGGUGGUGAACGAAUCCCUACGCCUGUACCCACCCAUUGCAAGGGUAACUCGGGUAUGUACCAAAGACACCACCCUGCAAGGCCUGAAUAUCAAGAAAGGAACAAGAAUCAUCGCUCCAUCUUGGACCAUCCAUCGAAGCCCUGAAUUCUGGCCUGACCCUUUGACCUUUAACCCAGACAGAUUUUCUGCUGAGAACGAUUCCCUGAACAUGGAUGCAUUCCUGUCCUUUGGCGACGGGCCUCGGUCUUGCUUAGGCAAUCGCUUUGCCCUGGCUGAGAUCAAAAUUGCUCUGGCAAGGAUACUGACAGAGUUUAGGAUCGAGAUGGCCGAAGACACACCGCAAACUUUGGAACUUGGAAAAGGCGUGUUCUUAGCUCCUCGUCACCCUGUACCCUUGAAGUUUGUCCCUGUUGCUUGAAGGAACCCUUCAAGAAGGAGAAAAAGAAGACGUGUUUUACUGUACCAUUCAUGGAUAGUUUAAUGUUUUGGAGGAUUUUAAUUUGUAGUAUCAUCCAGUCCAGUCACUAUAAACUUGAGCUUGAUGUUGCAAGAACAUUGGGAGUUGAAGGAAUGUGCCAGUGGAUUCUGCACAGCAUAAUGAAUAUUUUUGGAGAAUUGUUGUCUGCAAUUUUUCUGACCAACGAGCCAAAAAUAAGUGUUACUGGGGAAAGCUUUACUGAAAGUUAAGUAUUGUCAAUAGUAAAAACGACAUCAUGUUUGAUUCUUGAAAUGUGUGUCAACAGGAUACAGAUAGAAGCUGUCAAUGACAAAUUGUUGUAGAUGAUAAAGUGAUAUCAGAAAUAGGCCAGUCUCUACAUUGAACAUGGUGGAUGCUAUUGCUUGCCUUUGAGGAAAAUUAGGAAGUUGAGGGAGAAGUCCUCUUUUUUAUUCUUAGAAAUGUAUGGCGGCAGUCUUUUUGCAAGUCUAACUUCAGAUUUUAAAGUUCUAUAUAUUGGGAAAAAGGGUCCGUUUGUCUUGAAUUAUUAAUUUCGUUUUAAACUUGGUGAAUUAUGAGCAUGCAUUUGCACUGUUUAUUUCUUAGUGUUAUUCAAGCUAACAGUAUUAAUCGUUUUUCAAAAUAUCUGUGCAGAUUUCUCCUUUGUUGUUGUAGUUACAGAACGUGUUAGUUGUGAUACAUUACAGCUAGAAAUCAUGUAUUUUGCUUCAAUUAGGGAUGUUUAGAUUUUUUUAGAUAUUUUUUUUGGACUUGUAAGAUUUUACUCUCGCUCUCUCUCUCUCUCUCUGAAACAGGAAAAAGCCCCUAGGUGCGGCAUUAUCUUAACGUGUUUGGUUUGUACAAUUUUUUUAAAUAGAACAUAAAAACUUUUAAAUGGAACAGAAAAAAAAAUGUUUGAAAUGACUCUGACCGUACCGGAUGAAAUAAUUGAAAUAUCUCUAAAAGAGGAUUGGUAGGUGAUGGGGAGUGGGCAAGAGUCUUAAUGGCCAAUGUUUUUUUUUCCUCAGAAAAACAAGUCAAAUGAAUUUUUUUUUUUCAUUUGAUUAAUUAACAAGUAUAGUACUGAAAUAAAAUCAGUUGCCGAAUUGUAAUUCUUAUUUUUUUUUUAGAGUUCAAUCAAACUUCAUUUGUUGCUAGAGUGAGACCAGUUUAGCUGAUACUAUUAAGUGACACGUUUUCUUUUUACUGUUAGCAUUUUUCUGUUCGGUUGUUUUUGUCAUUGUCAUGUGAGAAAUAUUUGAAAGUCAGAAUACAUGUACAUGUAGUUUCUUUACACGAUUUAAUGCUGAAUUGUAUGCGCAUGUAUAUUACGCACUAGCUAGUGCAUCACGGGAAAUAAAAACAAUUGGGCAUCAAAUAGUGAAA